CUAUCAUCUGUCUCGUUUUCUCUCUUUUACAGAAUGUUGAUCAUAAAAUGCGUUUCCGUUCAAAGAAGGGCCAAUUACCUUUCAUUGAAUUGAAUGGUGAGGAAAUCGCUGAUUCAGCCAUUAUUAUCAAGGAACUAUCAGCUCGAUAUGAUAAGAAUUUGGAUGCUGCUCUUACAACAGAGCAACGAAAUGUGUCAUAUGCCAUGAUUGCAAUGUUGGAGAAUCACUUGAUUUGGAUUAUCUUCUAUUGGCGCGCCAAGUAUCCCGAUAAUGUACUGAAAGGAUAUAAAGUGAAUUUGCAACACGCACUCGGCUUGCGUUGGCCAAACUCGAUUUUGAAUUUUGUAUUUAAAUUCACUUUUGGACGAAAGUGGUUCCAGGGUUCAAAAAAAUUGAAGGCUCACGGCAUCGGUGUACACAGCCCCGAAGAGAUUGAAGAAUUUGGCAAGAACGAUUUGAAGGUGUUGAGCGAAAUGUUGGAUUGCAAGCCAUUCUUUUUUGGCGAUGAGCCAACCACUUUGGAUGUGGUUGCGUUUGCCAUAUUAUCGCAGCUGCAUUACUUGUCGAAGGAUAUCUCGUAUCCGCUACGUGAUUUCAUGACCGAAAAGUGUCCCAACUUAGUGGGUCAUGUGUCGCGAAUGAAGGAGCGAUGCUUCCCGGAUUGGGAUGAGAUUUGCACAAAAUUGGACUUGAAUGCUCAUAUUCCAAAGCCAGAGCCUGAAACAAAGGAGGGCAAAGAGGGUGAACCCGAGAAAUCGAAUGAGCAGGAGAAUGAUUCCGAUAAGAACGAGAAAGAAUUGGAAAAAGACAAGUCGAAUGAAAAGGAAAUCACAGAGGAGAAUAAGGAGAAGGAAGAAACAAAGUAAAUAUCGAUGUCGAUAAGCUUAGGACAACUGUAAAGGACAUGCAUUUAAAAUAUAAAAUAAAACAGAAAAAAAUAAUCACACACAAAAAAGUAUAAUACAAUAAAAUUUGAAAAACCUUUUUUAUAUAUAUAUAUAUAUAUUACGAUUAGCAUAAAAUUAUAAAAAAAUAUACAUAAUGUAUAAGAAAUUGCAAUUAGUUAAAGGCGAAAUAACUUCUGACGAUGAAGGAUGAUUCUAACUGCUAAUUUUUGUUUAUUUUACAUUUUCGUUUAAAUGUUCUUUUUUUAUUGUAUAAUUAUAUUGUUUACUUCCAAAAACAAACAAAGAAAAAAAGCAACAUAAAUGAAAAGAAAUCAUGAAAACAACAAAAGCAGAAAUGCUUUAAACCUAACUGUAAUUAAGUUUAUUUUUCUAUAAUAUAUUAAUUUGUGUGCAAAUAUAAAAUAUGUAAUGAAAAAGAAAUUGUAUCGUAUGAACAUUGUGUUUUGAAUGUUGACCAAAACAAAAGCAAAAACGAAACAAAACAAAUUAAAACGCUGCUACAAGAGUUACAUAUGUAUAAGUUCUUUUCCAGAAACAAACAAAAACAUUAAAUAUUGUGUAAAAGAAACUAAAGCAUAAAUUAAAAAAAAAAAAAAAAAACUAAAAAAUACUCAAUAUUCGAAAUAUUCGAAAUAUCACAAAAAUCAUUACAAGCGUGAGUAGUUACAUUAAUACGAGCAUACAUAUGUACAUACUACAAAGCGUAGUAUACCAACAAGAACAAAUAUACAUACAACCA